CAGCAGAUGACAGUCAUACCGACGACAAUGUCACUGCCACCACCCCUAGCAGCAGCAGCAGCAGCAGCAGCAAAGUAGAUCCUUUAACGAAACUUUGGGAGAUUUGUAGACAAGGUUCAAGUCUUUGCUAUCUUUAUAAUACCCUGAAACCUGAUUCUCCUAUUCAAAACAACAACAACUCUUCGUCCGCGACAACCAAAUCCAAAGCCUAUGUAUACCAUUUUAUUAUUGCUUGCAGAGAUCAGCUCCAUUUUCCUGAAGAUACAUUAUUCACCGUUACUGAGUUAUAUCAAAAUGAUACCAAUGGAUUCGUCAAGGUUGUGAAUACUGUGAAACGUAUUCUUGACUUGAUGGAAGAAAAAGGCAUAAUUCACGUAGAGUCAUUAUCUGAGGAAGACGUACUCACAAAUCCAGCUACACCAAAAGAUUUGCGGGAUAACGUUGUAUAUGAAUUAGUGUCCACAGAAAGAAAAUAUGUACAAGAUCUAGAAUCAUUACAGAACUACAUGAGAGAAGUAUCAAGUCAAGAGAUUCUUUCUCAAGAUACAAUGCAUUAUUUAUUCGGCAAUUUGAAUGCACUUGUUGAUUUUCAAAGACGAUUUCUAAUCCAAAUCGAAGAUCAAGCAGCACAUCCUUCCAAAGAACAGCGCUUCGGUCACCUAUUUAUUCAAUUUGAGGACGCUUUUCAAGUGUACGAGCCUUUCUGUGCCAACUUCCAGAUUGCUCAAGAUUUGGUAUUACAAGAAGCUCAUAAAUUGCAAAAACUAUCCAAUAUUAUGUCCCCCACCUACGAAUUACCAGCUAUGUUGAUUAAGCCCAUUCAGCGUGUUUGUAAAUACCCGCUUCUUUUACAACAAUUGAUUAAGGCCACACCCGAUGAUUGGCCAUUUGCCGAAGAGAAUAAAGUCGGCUUGGACGCGAUCCAAAGAGUAACAAAAAAAGUGAAUGAAACGAAGCGAUUACAAGAAAAUCAGCUAGUUGUGCAAGAUCUGAGAAAGAGAAUCGUCGAUGACAAUAACAAUAAUCAUCAUGCGCAGAUUAUAGUAGAUAGUGCAGGUCCUCUUCUGUUGCAUGACAAAUUUACUAUGCAAAAACAUAACGACCUUUCUGACCAAAACAGUGUGCGUGAGAUGACAGUUUUUCUGUUCGAGAAGAUUAUCAUUAUUUGUAAGGAAAUCAAGGAUGUCAAUAAAAAUGCCAUUUCGAUCAAGAAAAAGAGAAAAGAAGGCUCAAUGGUGAUACGUUGCAAGAUUUUAUUAUCAAAAUUGGAACUAGCGAAAGGAACCAGUAGUCAAAAUGGUCAUUACACCUUGCAUAUUUCAUGGAUGGAGAGUGAAUCGCAGACAAUAUUAUUGAGAUGUAGGAACGACGAGCAAUUGAGACAAUGGCUGAACGUCAUCAUUGACAUUAAAGAAUCAACAGCAGCUACCAAAGUGGAUUUGGUUUCCGCUCCUCAAACACCACGUAUGGACACAAAUAAUCCCUUACUUUCGUUUGACGAAGACGAGGAUAAUCAUAAUACCAAUAACAACGAAGAAGCAGACGACAUACCAUCAGAAAAUGUGAAUGCCCAUAACCCGACGAUGAUGACCAGAAAUAGAUCCUAUAGCUACCAGCAUUAUGCUCAACAUCAUUAUCAUCAUCAUCACCAGCAUCAUGCCCACCAGCCUUUGACACCAACCGCUCAUCGAUACCCUUCUGAAAUAACCAGUAGAAAAGCUUCUUUAUCCAAUCAUAGUACAGCUCGUCAUUAUUUGAGUAGUGGCGGUGGUAUUAGCAGCAGCAAUAGUAAUAGUAGUAGUACUAGCCAUCAAUAUCACCCUCAUCAUUUACCUCCUCCUCCUCCUACUCCUCAGCCUCCUUUACCUAGAUCUCCUACUGCCUCUACUACAAACAUCAAUCAAGUCGCUGCAGGUAGUAUGAAUACUAGUAACGAGCGUUUGAAUUCACCUUCUACAUUAUCGUUUCCUGCUUCCCCCCCUACCAGUUAUCCACCUUCGCCUACAGCUACGGUUCGAACCAGUAGUACAAGUACCUCAACAGUCAACUCUACCUCUGUCAAGGAUCCUUCUAAUGCGAAUAAUAACGGUAUUUUACCCUCGGGUUCUUUGUGGCAGAGAAGGCAGCAACAUCAUCGCUCCAAUGAGAUUUUGGACCAGCAGCAACAGCAGCAACAGACGUGCAGCAAUAGAAAGAAGAUAUCAUCCUCUUCAUCUACAACUUUUGCAUCUUCGUCCACCAGCACCAACACUCACUCCCCUACCACUACCACUCCUACUACUUCUUCACCCACAAAGUAUCAUCACUUUAGAGCGAGAUCACAAAGUACUCCAAAUAUUGCAAGACCUUCCUACACACAAGAAAGCACAACUGCACCUGAAGUACCUACUUUAAGUAGCUAUCAAAGAACUGCUUCUUAUUCUCAACAACAACAACAACAGCAACAGCAGCAAGAUCAUCAUACGAUGCCGACAACUGCCCCUGCGACUCCUGCCCCAUCCAUACUCAACAAUAGUAAUAAUCAAUCGCAGUCCUCGUUAUUACUACAACAACAAGAUACUACCAAGGUGAAAGUACAUUACUAUGGCGCCAUCUAUGUUGUUGUUGUGCCUACGAAUAUUGAGCUUGAAGAACUAACAAGAAAAAUUGAAAGUAAAAUCAAGCUCUCUUCUCCUUUAAGCGCAACAUCACCAGCGGACGAUAAUUUUGAUAACAAGCCUACCAAUAUUGGUUUGAAAUAUGAAGAUGAAGACGGCGACUUGAUUACUAUUAGUUCAAAUGAAGAUGUACAAAUGGGGUUUGAAAACAAAGGGCCUAAUAAUGCUGUUAAUCUUUUUGUUACAUAAUUUAAUUUUUUAUUAGAAGAGAAUGUGUACAUAGUUUCAGUUUAAACAAUUCACAGAUUUUGAACAAAACAAUUAUAGAAAAUGGAAAGAUGAUCAUUUGUUUAUCAAAAAAAAAA